AUGUUGGUUAGAAGUUCUCUCUCCUCACCCGGCAUAUUCCCCCAAAUAUGUAACCCAAUGAUUCUCGAGUCUUCAUCUUGCCUUCAGAUGAAUCAUAUUCGUCUUCCACUUUCUUUUAUUCCUCUUUCUCCUCUUUCUCCUCUUUCUCCUCUUUCUCCUUUUUUCUUUCUCCUUCUUUGUCUUCUUUUCUUAAAAUGUCUUCUUUUCUCCAACUUUUUCUUCUUUCUUCCUCUUUCUCCUCUUUGUCUUCUUUCUCCUCUUUGUCUUCUUUCUCCUCUUUGUCUUCUUUAUCCUCUUUGUCUUCUUUCUCCUUUUUUCUUCUUUUUCCUCUUUUCUUUUUCUCCUCUUUGUCUUCUUUUUACCUUAAAAGUGAUUUCUCUUCUUCUUUCUUUUUCUUUAAUCUUCUUUCUUUGUCUCUUUCUCUUCUUUUCCUCUUUGUCUUUGUCUUCUUACUCCUCUUUGUCUUCUUUUUUUCUCCAAUUGUCUUCUUUCUCCUCUUUGUCUUCUUUCCCCUCUUCUUUCUCUUUCUUUUUUUGUCUUCUUUGUCCUCUUUGUCCUCUUUUUGUCUUCUUUGUCUUUGUUUCUCCUUUUUGUCUUCUUUGUCUUCUUUCUCCUCUUUGUCUUCUUUGUUCUUCUUUCUCCUCUUUGUCUUCUUUUGUCUUCUUUCUCCUCUUUGUCUUCUUUGUCUUCUUUCUCCUCUUUGUCUUCUUUUCUUCUUUCUUUUUAAUCUUCUUUGUCUUCUUUAGUCUUCUUUGUCUUCUUUGUCUUCUUUCCUCUUUGUCUUCUUUGUCUUCUUUUCUUCUUUUUUCUUUCUCCUUUUUCUCUUCUUUUGUUUUGUCUUCUUUCUCCUCUUUGUCUUAUUUGUCUUCUUUCUCCUCUUUGUCUUAUUUGUCUUCUUUCUCUCCUCUUUGUUUGUUAUUUUUCUCCUCUUUGUCUCCUGUCUUUUUCUUCUUUUCUUCUUUCUCUUCCCUCUUUGUCUUCUUUCUCCUCUUUGUCUUCUUUUCUCCUCUUUUGUCUUCUUUCUCCUCUUUGUCUUCUUUCUCCUCUUUGUCUUCUUUUCUCCUCUUUUUCUUCUUUCUUUCUUUUCUUCUUUGUCCUUUUCUCUUCUUUGUCCUCUUUUCUUCUUUGUCCUCUUUCUCUUCUUUUGUCCUCUUUCUCUUCUUUGUCCUUUUUCUCUUCUUUGUCCUUUCUUUCUCUUCUUUGUCCUCUUUCUCUUCUUUGUCCUCUUUCUCUUCUUUGUCUCCUCUUUCUCUUCUUUGUUUUUCUUUUUCUUCUUUGUUUUCUUUUUUCCUCUCUUCUUUGUUUUUUUCUCCUCUUUUUCUUCUUUUGUUUUCUUUUUCCUCUUUUUCUUCUUUGUUUUUUUUUCUCCUUUGUCUUCUUUGUUUUUUUUCUCCUCUUUGUCUUCUUUUGUUUUCUUUCUCCUCUUUGUCUUCUUUGUUUCUUUCUCCUCUUUGUCUUCUUUGA